ACUUUCCUAAGAUAAAGAAGAGAAAGAGAGAGACCAAAAAAAAAAAAAGAAGAGAGAGAAUGAGGCCCGACGAUGAGGCCGAUAUGGGUCGUCCGGGCUUAGUACCGGGCCUGAUCGGCGGUCAUCGGAAGAAGCAGAGUGGUGUUCGAGCCUGGCUAGUGAUAGACUCAACGGGUCAGGCCCAAGUGGUGGAAGCAGGAAAACACUCCAUCAUGCGUCGGACGGGCCUACCGGGCCGAGACCUUCGGAUACUUGACCCACUUCUUUCAUACCCAUCAACUGUUUUGGGUAGAGAAAGAGCAAUCGUUAUAAAUUUGGAGCAUAUAAAGGCAAUAAUCACUGCCCAAGAAGUUCUUUUGCUCAAUUCUAAAGAUCCUUCUGUUACCCCUUUUGUUGAGGAACUUCAAAGAAGGUUGCUGCGUCUUCAUCAAGCUACCAAGAUCCAGGAUGCUGGAGGCGGAGCAGAUAAUACUGAAUGGAGAGAUCUAUAUGACCUCGAGGAGCCCCCUAGUACUGAUGCCAGUCCAGAUGAUCCUUGUGGCUUCCCUCCACGUCAAGGGAUGACUGAUGAGAAGGGUGACUUGGAGGAAAAGGAGGAUUUGAAGAAAAGAGAUGGAGUGAAAGUUCUUCCAUUCGAGUUUAUUGCACUGGAGGCUUGCCUUGAAGCAGCUUGUAGCUCUUUAGACAUUGAGGCAAGCACUUUGGAGCAAGAAGCUCAUCCAGCCUUGGAUAAGCUAACUUCAAAAAUCAGCACCCUGAACUUGGAACGAGUUCGACAAAUCAAGAGUCGACUAGUGGCACUAACUGGACGUGUCCAGAAGGUGAGGGAUGAACUGGAGCAUCUGCUGGAUGAUGAUGAGGAUAUGGCUGAAAUGUAUCUAACUGAGAAGCUAGCUGAGCAAAACUCUGAUAAUUCUUCCGUUUCUUCAGUUAAUGAUCAUAAUUACGUUGGUGAUGGAGUCCAAGCUGAAAUGGAUGAAAGGAUGCGCGCUGAAAUUUCAGAAGUUCAUGGGGGUUCAGGGAGAUAUGAAAGUGAUGCGGCUAAUCCACAGGACCAAUAUUUUGGUGUGCCUGCUCAACUAGCUAGAAGUGCAACACGUACCAGCACUACACACAGUGCCAUAAGCAAGCACCUGGAUGUGGAGGAGCUUGAAAUGCUUUUGGAGGCAUAUUUUGUUCAGAUUGAUGGAACACUUAAUAAACUCACCACGUUACGGGAGUACGUGGAUGAUACGGAGGAUUACAUUAAUAUAAUGUUGGAUGACAAACAGAAUCAUCUUUUGCAAAUGGGGGUCAUGCUCACAACAGCAACUCUAGUUGUGAGUGCAUUUAUUGUUGUUGCUGGUAUUUUCGGGAUGAAUAUUCACAUUGAGCUCUUCGAUGAGGACAAAGCUGGGGAUCCAGAAUUUCUCUGGACUGUUGGUGGUGGAGCUACAGGUUGCUUAUUCCUUUAUGUGAUUGCUGUUGCUUGGUGCAAGCACAAGCGUUUGCUUGAGUGAUUUUUUUUCUUUCACUAUAUGCUUUUAAAUGCAUCAUGUAUGUAAGUGGUGGUUGCAACUUGCAAGGAUGCUUUGUUGUCAUUGGCUCUGUAUAUGUUUGAUAGAAGUACAAGAGUAUAGUUUGCAUAGAUUCAAUGGAUCAUGUAAAUAAGUAGAAUUAGCUGCUGCAAGAUUGCAGAUGGAUUAUAACACACAUUCAGACCGUACAUUCAGACCGGUAUUCAAUGGAUACGGCUAUAGACAUGUACUUCCCUCUUCACUCUCGUGAAGAGUUCUUUCUUUUAAA